AUGGGUUGCAUCAAUUCGAAGAAGGACAUCAAGGACGUACACUCGAACAUCUUUCACGUCAUUAACAUCGACAAUGAUGGGACAGAGCUGUGGAGCGGCAAGUUGGAAGUGACCCGCGUAGAGCUAACGCUCUACCGGAAGGGUAAGGAACCAACAAAGUGGCCGUUGAAAUGCCUUCGUCGCUAUGGUUACAAUGUUGAUCAGUUUAGCUUCGAAGCCGGGCGCCGGUGUACUACUGGUGAAGGCAUUUAUGCCUUCCGAUGUCGACGAGCCGAAGCCCUCUUCUACACUGUGCAGGCCUACAUUCAAGGGCGCAUUUACAGCGACGAAAAUACAAACCCGAACGAUCCCUAUCCUAUACCUGUAGCUUCGAAUGGGCCGUCAGUUGCGGCUCGAAGUGUUUCGCAAAAUAACACUGCUACACGAAGCAGCGGCAGUGGUGGAGGACAAGGUCAGCAGAUGCAGUGUACGUUCAUGAUGAAUCGAACCGGGAUGGCAACGAGUCAAUCGCUCAGCCCGAAUGGGACGAUACAUUCUAACUCAAACCAAAGCCGCAGCACGGAUACACUGCCCAUGGAGGGCAAUUAUCUCGAACCAACGCCCAAUCGGUCGAAUGCGUCGGGAACCGGCCAACCGCAUACUAUUACGACCCGAUUUCAGCAAGGGCUACGGUUAAGUUCUGUCAGCAGCGGACCGAUCAGUCCCGACAUAACAUCACCAGGUUCGCCGAACAGUAUGACAAACAUACUGGAAGUAACUACGCUAAAUCCGCUGCCAGCAUCGCACACAAGUGGUAACGUACAUCAGGGCGUUAGUAACGUCUAUCAAGAGUUCCCCAUGAAAGACUCGACGUUGGCCUCCCUUCACCAUCAGCAUCAUCAGCUGUUAUUGCAUCAGCACCACGUUCAUCAUCCGGUUGUGGCUCCGAUCGUGACACCGCUCGUCGGUGGUUUGGUUCGAACCUCGAUGGAUGUACCUCCACUUGAGCCUGCCCCAGGCGCGUCGAUGCUGCUUACCUCCUCUAUCACAUCAGACAUCACCCCGGGCGUAGGAUCAUCCGGCCCCACCGACACGCUCAUCUGCGGCAGUGUAGAAUACGAUCAACAGCAGCCUUCCACACCGGACGCCAUUGAUCCUGCACGAUUGUACAUGAAUGUAAAUAUAGGUUCGGAUAUUGGCUCCGGUGGUACUGGUCUUACCACCGGGUGUGGUAAGGCAAAAAAGCCGGCCACCUUCGGUAGCAAAAGUAAUUCUAGUCUCAUUUCGAUUUCAAACAUCGCCAAUAACAAUAGCACCAAUGGUGGCCAUAAUAGCACCGGUUCGUUCGACGAGUGUCAGUAUCAAAACGUGCGCACUCCGACCUCCAUGACGGCUGUCGGUGCUGCAGGGAUGCCUUUGAUACCGCAAAACAUUGUUACCGGUAACAUGUUUGCUCAGUUCCAGCGUCUCAACAGUGUCGGAGGCUGUCCGGGAAGUCAAUUCUCGAUGGAUCCCAACCGAUUCUACGAAAACCUUGAAUUAGCCGAACUAAAAGCAGUUUCACUGCGUGGCCGUUGCUCAAAGCCGGAUAUUUUCAGCAAUGUCGAUCUACCAUUGGACCACUCGGAACCGUGCACACCGACGGCAACGGCAGCGAGUCAGCGCAAGGUGAAUUACAUCGUACUCGAUCUCGAUCAAUCAAACUCAUCGCAUAGCAUUAGUGCAGCAGCCGGUUCGAGUACCAACGGGACCGGUAUCCUCUCACCAACUGGUACAGUUCCUGGAGGAGUGACCAAUGGCAAUACGAUCCCUAGUAGUACCACAAACAAUACUAACAGCUUCAACAAUAAUAAUAACAACAACAACAAUAACAGUACUGCGAUAAACUUGAACAGCGUUGUCUCUGGUGGCAUGUGCAAUUCCACCAGUGGCAUGGCAAUAGGAUCGAUCGGCACGGGCACGGAUCAUCGUAGCUCAACCGUUUCCGGCGUUAGUGUAAGCUGCAGCACCGGUCUUUGUGGUGUAAUGCCGGCAAACUCAUGUGGUGGGAAUGUUCCACCGACCAGCUUGGGUCUACUACCACCGGAAAGUCCGAAAAAGGCAUCUCUCGGUUAUGCAACAAUCGAUUUUAACAAAACAGUUGCAUUAAGCAACUCUACUACACCUUCAUCCGAGCUCGACAGUGAAGGAUCGCGCAAGACACGCCACAACUCCACGGUAACACCACUGGCAAGACAAAGCAAUUCUGUAAGCGAUUAA